AUGCCGCGCCCACCCAAGAAGGUCGCUGAGGUCGCCCCCUCGCCUGCGCCAGUCGCGCCAGCCAUCAUCAACCCCAUCCAGCAACAACAACUCCCUGUUGCCCAGAUCCCCGGUGGCCCUCCCGUCAUCGAUGUCGCGCAGUUUAUUCGCGUCAGAGACUCUGUGUACAACCGUCUGCAAACUAUCCAGGAUUUGAUUAGGAGUUUUUCUGCCGAUUAUUUGCGUCAGACGAACCUUCUCAUUGGCGAGGGUACCAGCCUCGAGAAUGGACAGGAGACUCUUGACCAUCUCAACGGCGCUCUCGGCGGCCUGAUGCCCGCUGCCCUUGCUGCCCCCAUGCCCGUCGUUGAGGAGAAGAAGGAGCGCAAGAAGCGCACUCAUGACCCCAACGCCCCCAAGCGUCCCCUGACCCCCUACUUCCUCUACAUGCAGACUGCUCGUCCCAUCAUUGCGAGCGACCUUGGUGAGGGAGCUCCCAAGGGUGCUGUCCAGGAAGAGGGCCAGCGUCGCUGGGCUGUCAUGGCCCCUGGUGAGAAGGCGGGCUGGAACACGGCUUACAAGUACAACCUCCGCCUCUACCAGGCUCGCGUCCACUCCUACAAGGCCGGCAACAUGGACGCCAAGAACAUGUCGGAUGAUGAGGCUCGUGCCUAUGCUGAGCUCUACAACAUUGACGUUUCCAACCUCGCCCAGGUGGAGGAGUUCCCCGCCGAUGAGCAGGAUGCCAUCGCCGAGCAGCUUCACCAGACGGCCGCUGUCGAGUCCCCUCCCGCCGAGGUCUCCGAGGAGGAGCCCGCGCCGCCAGCCAAAACCCCCAACAAGAAGGCCGUGACCCGCAAGCGGAAGAGCACGGCUGCCACUCCCGCUGUCCCCGAGCCUCCCAAGCCAGAGCCCGCCGCCACUCCGGCGAGCCCGGAGGCCAAGAAGAGGAAGAGAACGUCCAAGGCGGCCGAGAUUGUGGAGGAGCCCAAGAAGUCUGCUCGUAAGAAGACCAAGAACUGA